AUGAUUCGUAUGUUAUUAAUAAUAUGUUUAAUAUUUCUAAUUGAAACUGAUGCAAAACGUCAUCGUUGUGUCAAUAGUGGUGUACUAUUUUCUGAUAAAAUUAUGCGUUCACCAAUUGUUGUUUAUGGUCAAUCAAUAUCAAAAAAAAUCCACUUUGAAACAAAUACUGAAUUACUUUUUAAUAUUACAUUUCGUGUUGAUUGUAUUUUGAAAGGAGAAGAUAUUGAAAAUCAAAUUGAAAUAACUGAAGCAGGUAUUAAAGUGGGUCAUACAGCUUGUCAAUGGCUUGAACCCGGAGAACGUUAUAUUGUUUUUGUUGAAAAAUGGGGAACAAGCAUGAAUAGUUAUCGUCCACUUGAUUUUCAAGAAGUUAUGGUUGAUAAUAUGACAUAUGAAUUGUUAGAAAAAACAUGUCAUUUAACACGUAUUUCACCAUUACAUUCAAAAAUAAAUAAAUGUCCUAAUGUAUCAAUAAGUGAAUAUUGUCCUCAUGAUGACAUUGAUACAAGUAUAACAUCAAGUGAAGAACAUCCAAAUAAUAUAAAUUUCAAUGUUAAAUCAUCUUAUUUUGAUGAUGAUAAUAAAUUUUAUCGUCAAUCCAAUGUAACCAUAAUAAAAGAUGGAUCUAUAAUAACACAAAUUGAAAAUUAUUCAAAAAGUAAUGCAUAUGCAUUAACAAUAAAUUGGAUUUCAAUGAUAAUAAUAAUUAUUAUUGUUAUGAUAAUGUUUAUCUAA